AUGAAGCACGAGUUCGGGCAGAAGCAGCACCCGCAGCUCGUUGCGCCCGCGUGCGGCGACGUGAAGCCGCGGCUCACCAAGGAGCAGCACGACAUCCUCGAAGCGCACUUCCAGCAGCAGCACAAGCCGAGCACCAGCACCAAGAAGGGCUUUGCCGAGACGCUCGGCGUGCCGGUGGACAAGAUCAACAACUGGUUCCAGAACCGCAGAGCAAAGGUGAAGCAGGACCUGAAGAAGCAGAUGAGCCAGUUCAACAUGAACAUGAACAUGUACGGCGCCAACCCCGUGCCCAUCACCACCGCGCAGUUCCCGCAGCACCCCGAGCAACAGCCGUACCCGCAAGCAACCGCCCAGCAGGACUGCUACGCGGCUGACAUCAGCCCUACAUGCCUCCCUGUCGAUAGCAUCGAGGGAUCGGCGGCACUGGAGCCGCUCGGCGCGCAGAUACCUCUCCACCCCGGCUACGACAUGCACAUGCUCCGCUCCAUUCCUGAGACGGACCGGGGAGCGUCCUAUGUGGACAACACGAACGCCGUCAUGCAGUCGCUCAUGGCAGCAGCAGCGGGGUCGUACAUGCACAGCGCGCCGCAAAUGCCCUCGCAGGAUGCCGCUUAUUCCUACGACACCACUGGACUGCCCCACUCGUAUCAAAAUGACGCUCACUUCCCUCUUGCCUCUACUAUUCCUCAGGAUAUGGGAGCAGCCAAUGAUAUAUACUCGAAUGGCCUGGAUUACAGCAACUUCGAAUACGCGAAUCUCACGACCACCACAUCUGCGCCGAAAGUCGAGAGCUCCGGCUCCCUGUCUUCUGAGCCAUCUCCGUACUCUGGUGCGCAAUCGUCAUCCACAGCGCAGUCGUCUGGCCCCAAUGCCAUGUCGUCUGUGACUUCUGUUGCUUCGCUGUAUUCGAAUUGGACUGACGAGCACCAUUCUUCAGCCGACAUCACGCCCGCAAACCAGCGCGAUGAUCCUUUCGAUCAUUCGUACGGCAACAUUCCCCAGGCGUCAGCGUCUGAGCAGAUGCUGCCACUUUGGACCAGUCAGCCAUUCCAGCAACACGAGUUCUACCAACACGCCAAUGCGUCCGCACAGGCCAUCCUAUCGUCUCCAGAGCAAAACGAGCACAAGAUCAAUCCCAACAACGCAGAUCUGGAGCCACCAAACGCCUUCAGCGAGGACAUGUACGCUCGCCGGAACUCAUCCACGACGGCCCUGACCGAGUCUCUGAACUCGGUUGGCAUCCAGAGCAGACAGGGGUCUACAGAGGGCUUCAAGCAGCCCAACCAGCCAUCGACCAUUGCAUCGCGACGACAACGGCGACCCGCAGCGCUGAACCCAACUACCCUCAGGAGUGCCUCGUAUUCCAGUGGCAUGCCUGCGUCUCCUGGGACGAGCCAGACAAGUGCUGACCACACCCUCCGCCGCAUCCGGUCCACAGGUGUAACCAAUACGGGUCGUAUUCAGAAGUCUGCGCCCGGAUCGGCUCAACGUUCGCCGCUCAACUUCACCUUUGCCGAGGCUGCUGCGUCACCUAAAUUUGCCCGAACGGCCUCUGGUUUUGCAAGUACGAUUGGACCCUCCGGUAGUCUGGCGCCUCCUACGCCAUUAACACCAAACGAGAUGGCAAGAUUCCCAUACUGGCAAAGCAACACUGUCAUUCGAAGCCAGCAGCCUAUGCCGGAGCAUAGUACGCCAGAAAGCCUCAAUGUCAAUUGGUCGACAGAGCCACAGCCAGCCGGCAUUUAUUCGAAUGGUGGUUCCCCCCCUAGCACUCCAUUAGAUCUGGGGCAGCUGAACCACAGCCGAUUCAGCAACAAUCCACUGUACAGGGACACGCCACCGCAGUCAGCUCCCGCCACGCAGCAAUGCUUCUCUCGGACAGUCAUGGCUCCCCCACAGAUGCCUAGCGAAUAUCACUCGACGAAUGACCUGACUCUCAUGCAUCCCAAACCGUCGCACUUCAGACGACCUUCGUUACCGGACACCAAUCAUGCUUACAUGGACAACCUGCAUAUGCAGUACCCGGUCCAACCUGGCAAUGUCGCUGGCGAUCUCCAAAUUAAUUACAACUUCUACAACAAGGACUACAUGCCGACUACAUCGCAGGAGAACCACCAAGGUCAACCGAAUUCCACCAUGCCUGAGUUCUAUGUGCAUGAGUACUCGCCACCUCAGCCCGUGGGCGAGGCCAACUUACCACGUCGGCAACAACUCGACACGCAACCGAAGAACUACAUCUUCGCCAAUCAAGGCCCACGCGAUUUCAGGUGA